CUCAUGCAUAUAUAUAUAUAUAAAUAGAUACAAACAUGUGCCUGCCUGCCUGCCUGCUUACACAUAUAAAUUGAGGGAAUUAGCUGCAAGACAUCGCCUCGUAAGGUUUAUAACCAAAUCAUCAGAGAAGGCCAACAUUAGCUAGCAGGGGAUCGAUCAUGGGCCACUUGUGGACAUUCAUCACGAAAAUGCAUUCACUUGCCGGGCCUGCGUUGAUGCUGCUUUAUCCCAUAUAUGCGUCGGUGAUGGCCAUAGAGACAUCAAAGAUCGAAGAUGAGCAAUGGCUUCCUUAUUGGAUCUUUUACUCCUUCCUCACCCUUGUGGAAAUGUUACUCCGCCCUCUUCUCCAGUGGAUACCCAUAUGGUACGACCUGAAGUUAGUGUUGGUGGCAUGGUUGGUUCUUCCCCGGUUCAAAGGGGCAGCAUUCCUGUACCAGAAGCUCGUUAGAGAGCAACUCAUGAAGCACGCAGAAGUUGUCAUGAAACGCAAAGUCCAUUAAUUCCAAUGAUUCACAGACUACAUACAACUUUUAUUUAACAUACGCGCGCGGGUGCGUACAGACCAUCUGAGCUAGCUAUUCUCCAUAUACGUAGUACUGCACUGUUCCGUAACAUAUGUUGAUGACAGCAAUAUAUAAUUAC